UAGACACAUAAUGAUGCCAGAAGGGAGGAGACAUGCGUGACGUCAAAGAGACUCCAAAACGACACACAUUUGGAAUAAUAAAAUCUAUCAAAUUAAAUAAUAAUAAUAAAUCAGAUCAGAUCCGAUCCAAAGAACAUAAAAUAAAAUAAAAAAGACGUUAAAGAGCAUAUAAACCCUGCAUCACUCCACCUUAAUGCAGUCAACGUGCUCCGAGAUGGAUACUAAAUCUCCCCACGCGCUUUUUCUCGCACGUUAAGUAUUCACUCCUUUUUCUGCACUGGAUUGAAAUCCACGCGCUAAUGUGGGAGUAGAAUAAGAGCAACGUCCACUCGCUCUAUAACGGUAUAAAGACAUAACCUCUCUUCUUCUUCCCAAAUUAGUAACCCUAAAACCUUAAACAUUUCCAACAAUGGCGGUAGACAGUUUCUACGGUUCUAGCUUCGACCUUCGGAACUCGAUCUCCGAUCUCGGCGUUGACUUCGAGUUGACUUUCGACGACCUCUGGUCUCCUUCUGAGAACGAGUCCUUCUUCGUCUCUGUUGAUAAGACAUCGAUAGCAACGAAGAGGAAGAAAGAGAUUGAAGAAGAAGAUAGAUGGAUGAGCUCUAAUAAGUACAGGAGAAUUGAUGAAGAUGGUGAUGAGGAGAAGAGGAAGGCGAGACUGGUUAGGAACCGUGAGAGUGCUCUGCUUUCGAGGCAGAGGAAGAAGCAUUACGUGGAGGAGCUUGAGGACAAAGUCAAGAGCUUGCAAUCCGUUAUAACGGAUUUGAACACUAAAGUCUCUUACUUUAUGUCUGAGAAUGUUACCCUGAGGCAGACGGUGGGUCCCGCCGGAAAAGGCAUGUGCUGGCCACCGUUUGUUCCGGUGACUUAUCCACCAUGGAUGAUGCCGUUUCCAGCUUAUCAAGUAGUGCCUUUGCUUCCUAUUCCUCGUUUGAAACCACAACGGUCCGUGGCUAAGGUGAAGAAGUCAGAAGCUAAGACCAAGAAGGUUGCUAGUGUUAGUGUUCUUGGUCUUGUCUUUUGUCUGUUUCUGUUUGGUGCAUUGGUUCCUUUUGUGGUUAGAGGAAGAGUUUUGGAUGUGUCAGUUAAUAGUAGUAGUAGUAGUAGAGGUUAUGAUAGUGAGCUACUAGUUGCAUCACUAUUUGUUCCGAGGAAUGAGAAGCUUGUGAAGCUAGAUGGAAACUUAAUUAUUCAUCCUGUUUCGACAAGCAAGGAAGACAAACUCAACUCAACAGCAGCCAAUGGUGAAAUGAAGCAAUGGUUUAGUGAAGGUGUUGCAGGACCAAUGUUCAGUUCGGAGAUGUGCACCGAAGUGUUUCAGUUUGAUGUCUCCUCAACCUCUGGAUCCAUUAGACCUGCUUCUCAACAGCCUAAGAACAACAGAAGAAACCUAACCAAAGAUCAAAACAGCACUAACAAAGAGAACUUCAGCAGAACCAAGCCAUUCUCAUCAACGGUUGUAACUAUGCUUACUGAUCCCAGAGAAGAAGGCGGCGAUGGAGGUACACAAUCACUGUCAAGAGUUUUCAUAGUGGUUCUUGUUGACGGUAUGAAGUAUGUAACCUACUCAUGCGUCCUCCCUCAUCUUGUAACCACUUGA